CUGAGAUUGUCAAAAUGACAAAUGACAUGUUUAGCUCUUCAGGAUUGUAAUAUUUUAUUUGUUUAAAAAAUGUCUGUGUUAUUACAGACAAGUAAAUGUAUUUUUAGAAAACCGUUUAAUAAUACAUUUUGUAAAUAUGUAUUCCUUAGAAAAAACUCCGAUGUUCCUAAAAAGUUUAUAACAUUUGAUGAAGUAGUCGCUCAAAGAAGAGCGGAAGCAAUGCGUAGUGUUGUCGUUCAGGUUAAUUCCGAUUCAUCCUUCAAUGAACUCUACGGCUACUGCUCUAAAUAUGCGUCAAUAAAAGACAUUCAUCAUUACAAAAAUUCCGGAGGAGAGCAUUUUAUGGUUAUUGAAUUUGCCUCAGAAGACAAUCUUAAAGAUGUGUUAAAAUCUUGUAGUUCCCAUAACAAAGACCAUGAUGUUAUAUCAGUGCAAUCACCUUUUCUUUGGUUCAGAGCUGCUGUGGGUAAUAAAGAAAAAUUUGCAGCCACUGGGAAAAAGCUCGCUGUAAAGAAUGGAACUGAGAUUUGUAAUGAGGAUGUGUUAUUGGAAGAUAUAUUAAAUUGUGAAACUGUAUCAGAUCAAAUACAGUUACUAUAUGAAAAGACAACAUUAAAUGACUUGAGCAUAAGACUCCGAUAUAUUGUUGCAAGACAGUUGGAGAUGAUAUUCAACAGCCUCUAUACAAAUGUCAAGAUUCAGCCCUUCGGUUCCUCUGUCAAUGGCUUCGGAAGGAUGGGCUGCGAUCUGGACCUCGUCCUGAUGAACUCAAUAACGGAGGAAAUGGGCGCGGCGUCGCGGCGCCUGGUGUUCCAGGAGAAGCGCAGCGCGCGGCAGCUGGAGCUGGCGGGCGCGCUGCUGGAGCUGCGCGUGGCGGGCGUGGCGCGCCUCACGCGCAUCCUCAACGCGCGCGUGCCCAUCGUGAAGUACGCGCACGAGUACGCGGGCCUGCACUGCGACCUGUGCUACAACAACUCGGCCGCCGUGCACAUGUCGGAGCUGCUGUGGCAGCUGGGCGAGCUGUGCGCGCGCGCGCGGGCGCUGGCGGUGCUGGUGCGGCGCUGGGCGGCGGCCACCGGCCUCACGCAGCCGCACCCGGGCCGCUGGCUCACCAACUUCCCGCUGACGCUCAUGGUGCUGUUUUUCCUGCAGCGCACCGGCCUGCUGCCCUCGCUGAACCGGCUCGUCAGUGAGGCGGGGAAAGAAGACAUUCGAAUAGCCGAGGAGAACGUCAACUGCACGUUCCUACGCGAUCUGAACAAACUGCCCGCAGAUUCGUACGAACAGAACGACGACGAUCUGCAGACAUUACUGUUCAAAUUCUUUGAAUUCUACUCACAAUUCGACUUCCAGGAGAAAGCCAUUUCGAUCAACGAGGGCAAACCUAUCAGAAAGCCUAACUCCCUCCCUCUGUACAUAGUAAAUCCCUUGGAGCAGUCGUUGAACGUUAGCAGGAACGUCAGCUACGAGGAGUGCGAGAGGUUACGGCUGGAAGUGAGGAACGCAGCCUGGCACCUGGAGUCCUGCCUCGACGGCAAGAAAUCGGACGACUGGGGCAUUCUAGGACUCAUAGAGAAGAAGUCCUCUAGAGGUUUGAAGAAGUUAUUGCGCGUAGGGAAUUCUCAUAGGUUAGUAUCCAUGAAAGACUUAUUCAGUGAUAACGAUAACGAGCCUUCGGUGGAAGGCAUACGAUCGAAAAUGCAAAAAUUCGUCAAGACUGAUAAAGAGGUGGACACGAGUGUGACAGAGAUGAAGAGUGAAAUGAGUAAGGAACAAAAGAGUGGGAAGAUGAAGUUUAAAAAUAGUCAAACUGCAAGUGCGGUGUACAGAAUAAGAAGGGAUAAAAUCAUUUGAUGUUUUGUGUAAUUAUAGGGUGUGAUUUAGUAAACAAUUAAAAGCAUAUAUAAGAUCAACGAUUUCAUUAAUUAAGGAUUUAUUUGUUUUUUUU